UCAGAAGACUCAAGAUCUUUGACUACCGAUAUUACAUAGUAAAGCGAGGCUUUGUUGUAUGCUGUGAAAUGUGUAGGCGUGAAUAGUUGAGAUGUGUUUGUUGUUAGUGGUGUUUAUGUGGUGGCCACCGUUUCUCAAAUGAUUAGAACUUUGGAAAUUUUCGUCUGAGUUUGGCGGGUAUUUUACAGAUAUGGUUCCGACUUGACAGCGAAACUGUGUGAACUGAGUUUAACAUGUUUAUAUUUCAGAAAUUGAAAGGAUCUUCUCGAUAAUGAAGAGUGUGUUGGAAAAGACACGAAAUUCUGGUUGAAUGUUUUCCUCGGGUCUGAGUUGUAACUUACCAUUUCCCAGCUGCCUGGGAUAUCCAACAGAAGCUGAAGAACUUAUUCCAAGGAUGGCUCGAGAGCCAGUCAUCUUGAAUGUUUAUGACAUGUAUUGGAUUAACGAGUAUACUACCCCUAUUGGCCUCGGUGUCUUCCAUUCUGGUGUCGAGAUAUAUGGGACCGAGUAUGCAUAUGGAGGACACCCAUUUCCUAUAUCAGGAAUAUUUGAUAUCACUCCAAGGAAUGCAGAAGAGCUUGGAGAGCAAUUCCAGUUCAGACAAUCUGUUCAUAUAGGUAACACAGAUUUCACAGAUGAUGAAGUUAAGAGAAUAAUAGUAGAACUUGGGAAAGAUUUUCGUGGAGAUCGUUACCAUUUAAUGAACAAGAACUGCAAUCACUUCUCCGGCUCCUUCACUCAGAUUCUCUGUGGUCAAGAGAUACCAUCUUGGGUGAACCGACUGGCAUACUUCAGCUCAUGUGUUCCUUUUCUCCAGCGCUGCUUGCCUCGUGAGUGGUUAACACCCAUGGCAUUGCAGCAUUCUAUAAGUUCACAUCAGGAAAAUUCAUCAGAUACUUCAUUGUAACAUUGGUGAUAAAUAAGUUUCAGAUGGGAACUUGUUGUGGAAAGAAAAAAAGUAGGCCUAAAGAGAAUGGAAUGAUUAUAAAUACCGGUAUUACAAUUAAGUGUUCAAAGUACAAUACUGAGCUCAUUAUUCUGUCCAAUACAUAACAAAAUACAAAAUAUUAUUAACAGUCAGGUAGAGAUGAAACCUUAGCAUUUUUAGAGUUGGCAGGAAAUGUUCUGAUACUGUAUGAGGUAAAUUUUAUUGUACAUGGAAAACUAUGCAAGUUAAAGAGUAAGGUGCCCUGAAAAACUAGUAUAUAAGUUUGCAAUGACACAUCUUUAUUCAUAAAUUUCAAAUCUUUUAUGCAAGUUCUUUAACUAUUUUAUUUGCACAAAUUUAGUUUUUUUUAUAUUAUAAGGUAAGAAUUGGAACUAUUAUGACUGAAAAAUGUUCUACACAGUGCUGAAGUAGGAGUAAUUUAAGGAACUAUUUAUUUUUUUAAGAUGAGUAAAAUUGCAGACAUUGUACUCAUCAUUUCUGGGAGGUUUAGAAGAACUAUUGUUCACCAAAAUGUUGGACAACUACAUACUGAGUAAGUGAUACAUAGCAUUUCAGUUACAUGAGUAAAUCGAAUAAUAGAUCAAGGUAAGAAAAUGAAGACCUAAGUGUUGAAACGUCAUACGAGUGAGAGUUGAGGACUGUAUCAUAUUGAUAAACUGAAGUUGUAAGAUGGCUAAAAUUUUCAGGGGAAAAUUUUACUGAAAUGUAUGGCACCUGUAAAUGAUGCUUUUAAUGCAUUGCAACCAAAAGUAUGAUAAUUUACAUACAACCCAGAGUGGACAAUUUUCACAACACUUAUCUGUGUUCAGGGAAGUAGUAAUGAUGAAAGUGACAAGUAAGUAAAACAUAAGACAUACCUGUCCCUUUCAUAAUUUCUUAAAGCAGUUUGAAUGGUGUUGUAUAGGACAAAAGUAUGUAUGUUGCAAAUAUGCCUUUGUUGUGAUAUAACAUACAGGUGUAUGUAUAUGGUCUCCCAGUAUGUGGUUGGCUUUUAGUUGCAACAUUAUUUUGCGUUUGCUUUUAUCAAAAGCCUUAAGCAGCAUUUAGUUAUUACUACCACAGUGCAUGCAAGACGUCUGUCUUUGAUAUUCCAUAAAUAUUCUGCUGCUGCUGCUUCCCAGUUUGAUUGAUGCUGCCAGAUGAAACAGUGUGUUCCCUCUUGGUCUCACGCUGUACUCAGUGUAUAUUUUGAUGUCCCCAUUUCAAUAUUGAUCAUAAUUUGCCUUCUAUUUUUGUUGUUCUGCAUUUGUAUACUGUGCUCCAGCCUUUAGUUUUAGUAUUGUAUCUGGGCCACUUGGUACAAUUUUAGUGACUUUGGUUUCAACAUUGCAUGCGCACACUCGCAUGCACGCGCACACAUAUACACACUUUCACUAUACCACUCUAGUAUAUUCUUUCAUGCUUUUCAUUUACGCACCAUAUAUUUCAGUCUCAAGUAGUUGGAACAGUAUAGAUUUUUAAUUGUCAGCGAUCACUGUGCUUAAAGGCUCCCAGGAAUGAGAGGAUCACAAAAUACUGUGAAUGCAAUGAUUUGUGAAUAAGACCACUUCUAAUUUGUUUCCACCAAUAUCUCUUCAGUCCAACCUUCAGGUAAUUGAUAGUUCAUUUAGUGGCUACAAUUGUUAUUUUUCUUACUGCUACUAGUAAUAUUAGUAUUUAUUGCAGUUGCUAUUACAGCUUAUUUAAGCAGUUGUAUAUGCAUCCUGACAUGAUAUGUAGGUAGUAUUGACAGUAAGGAGAAUAGAAUUUCUUUGUAGAACUGUACGUAUCUGAUGCAUGCAUUUCUCUUAAUUCACAAAGACUUUAGAAGUACUUUGACAGUAGCUUGAUUUUUAUGUAUUCGGUACUUGUUCCAGUCGGUUAGUGAGGGUGCUAGGUGUAAUAUUUUGUGUGUGUGUGUGUGUGUGUGUGUGUGUGUGUGUGUGUGUG